AUGGCAGCAGCACGUGGCGUCUGGGGCAAUGAACCACUCGUCGGACAAGUCCUGUCGUUUCUGGAUAGCCAUGCGCUCGGGAUGGCCGAGUGCGUGUGUGCUACAUGGUGUCAUGUGGCAAGCGACAUGAAGUUGUGGUCGCGGCUGUGUCUGGCAUCGCGACGCUGCCUUGUCGGGUCGGCGACUCGCGCGCUGCAUGACCAGGUUGGAGCCAAGCGGUACAUGCACCUCGUCGAGUCGCGGCGAAAGCACCACGAGCUACGUCAACACGACUUGCGAUCGCUCGUGGAAUCGGACUUGUGGACACGCAUCAUUGUUCAGGAAAAGUGGCUUGCCCGCGUUCACAUGGCGUUCGCAAUCGACGUCGUCAUUCCACGCAUGGAAGCAGGACCCAGCGUUGCCCACAUUUUGGGAUCGUUCGCGCAAGUGCUCGACGAUGCGUUUGAUGAACUGGCCCUGUCUCGCGAGAUGCUUUUGAAGGCUGUGGCCAUGAACGAGUCUGCCUGGAUCACGCAUCACUUGGCUCUCCUGUCCGAGAAACGCCAAGACUUUGAUGAAGCAGAGAUGUGGUUUCGUCGAGGGUAUGACCAAAACAACACAUACGUCCCCAACGUGCUCAACUUUGCUGUGUUCAUGGAAGAGCGGCGCAUGCAAUACGAUGCCGCGGACGAACUGUACCAGCAUGCGCUGCUUCACGCGGUAGCGCCAGUGCACCGCCUCGAUGUGUAUUUCGCCAUGGGCGAUUUCUACUUGCUCAAACAGCGCGACAUCGGUCGAACCCGAAAAGUGCUGAGCCAGGCCUACGAAUUCCUCAAACGCAUUGCCGAUGUCGAUGGUGUUGCCGGCAGGGAUGUCAAGGUCGCCAUCCAAUACGCCGAGUUCCUCGUGUACGUCUGCCAAGACUAUGCCGCGGCCGCCGCCAUCUUUAAGGUUGUGCUGCGCCGUUGGAUGUUUGAGCGGGGCCGAAAGAGUGGCGUGCACCCAGAUGUAGCGGUGUUUCUUCAGAUAGGACUGUUGAGCUAUGCGAUCUGUGUGGUGUUCGCGACCCGCAACCAAGCGAUGGCCCUCCAGAUCGUAGAGUACUCUGCCGCAGUCGAGCAGUGCAUCCUCACCCAGCGUUCCCAUCCACUCCCAACGUCGUCGUCGCAACGAGUUGUUGCCCGAUACAAGCUGACAGCAGCAGUCGUCGUGCAGCAUGCGACCGAUCUGUGCCGACCCCUGACCUGUAAGGAGGACGUCGACAGUCUUGCUCCACUCAUGGGGUUGCUGUAUUAUCUCGACGGCAACACCACUGAUGCCAUGGCGCUUUGGGCAGCGUACUUUCGCAGGCUCUCCAACGUCCACAGCCCCGAGUAUGCCUUUGCGGGGUUUUGCACGGGGGCGGUGCUGCACAUCGCAAACAAGCCCGAGGCAGCGGCAAAGGCCAUUGCACGAGCUUUCGCCGUCGACGCGCACAGCCUUCAGUUCCAAAACCUGGACCUCGUGCUUCGGGAAGUCGCUGAAGGCAACGCAACGUCAACCGAUCACGUGGAUCGACGUCAACGUGCGUUGGCAUGUCGUGACGUGCUCGUGUCGUACCUCCUCGCGCAUCAAGCUGGGUCCUUGGCACUUGGCCAGUGUGUCACUCACCGUCGCAUGGAGUGAGUAUGUUCUCCACUUGGGAGAACCUGAAGCCAUCCCCGAGACAUGGUCGGUUGUGC